UGUUUUUGCAAAUGAAAUACGCUGUACCCAGGUGCAUUCCUUGACCAACUUUGAUGACUUAAUGGCGGCAAUUUUGUCCAUCUACAUCGACGUCAGUGUCGUCUUGUCAAGAGAUAGUCCAGACACGGCAGAAGCUGCAGGCAGACUCACUUUAUCACAGAUCCUUCUUCUCAUUGGUCCAUCACCAGUCCAACAACUCAAUCUUCUCCUUCAAGUCACUCAGCCCAGCUCUCAAGAUUGCCACUUUAUGAUACCAAUAUACAGACACAUGCUGAGUUCCAAGCCAAGUGUAAUGACUAACGAAGCCUUCAUCAAGUACAUCUGUGCCAUCCGAUUCAGUCAGCAGAUUCUCAUGAAUCAGAAGGAGCAAGCCGUGUUAGACGUCCUGCAGCAUAUCAUGGGUAUUGCCAUGACAGCAGAGCCGUCUAUAGAAUUCCUCCAGUGGCUGUACAGCACAGCCCCUGAUGCUUACAGUAGCUUGCCAGAUUCUGUCAAGAGUACCACUUCCUUACUGGUCAAAUAUCUGACUGGGGAAGCAUCCAGAGACUAUCUGGACAGACUGCUGGAUAUUGUCUGUGAUGAAGAGAUUGAAAGCCAGACACUGUCCUACAAAGACAGCCAAAGUGAGCCCCGUCUGUCAAGUAUCAACAGCCAAGACAACCAGGCAGAGAUAUCAGAGACAGAAGGAUUGUUCUUUACUGACACCAGUAGGGAUGAAGACCUGGCAAGACAAGUUGAUUCUGAUUCAGAGUUGGUGGAUGCAUUGCACAGCCGGCUGGAUGCACUCAUCGAAGGCAUCGACCAAGAAGAAAAUAGUGAGGAUGAUGACAACUUUGUUCAAGUUGGGAAGCCGUCAAAUGUCAAAGUUCAAAGUGAGAAAAAUGGCAUUGCAGCGCUGAUGUCACUUGACAGCGACAAUCAAAGUGAUUAUGAGGAAGUAGACAUGGACACUAGUGGCACGGUCACCUCUGAGCAAAAUGCCCCUGAAGCUUUGAGCUUUGAAGAACAAAGGUACAAGCUGCAGAUGAAAGCACAGAAAAAGGUGAUUGAUGUUAGUGAUGCAUCGCAGAAUGAAGAAGGAGGUACUCCAAGGAUGCGUGGUAAAUCCAGAAACCAGAAGCCCCUGUCGCUGAGUUCAAGGAGGGAUGAAGAGGAGGUCCUUGUCAUACCAGAGACGCAAGAUAACCGGCCAGAAAGGGACUCUGAUAGGGAGAGCUUUGCCACUGCCAAAGAUAACUUGGAUUCAACAAGGGAGUCUGUCAUCAUUGAUGUAGAUGAGGAAAUCACAUUCAGAGUCAAGGCUGCACAUCAGAGAAGCCAUAAGGAUGGAGACCCCCAAGCAGAGGAUGUGGAAAAGCAAAAUAAAGACUCAGUCGUUAAUUUAGAGGAUGAAGAACAAGUGAGAGACACUUCAAGUCCAUCUUCUUACAAGCCUUCUCGAACGAAAGCCAAGUCUAGGCAUCUCCAGAGUUCACAAGAGACUGUCGGGAAACCCAACAAGAAGCAGGAGCAAGCAUCAGAUGAGAUGAGUGGAAGUACCCAACGCAUGAGCCUGAGGUCGGUGAGUGCCGGCCACAAUCAAUCUAGCCUCCUGAGGUUCUUCUCUCCUGUCAGCCGAAACAUUGACGAGAGCAACUCCCAGCCAGAUCAGAAUCCCGAGUCUGGAAAGAUUUCCCAGUUGGACAGAGUAGAGAUAGUCCCUGAUUCCUACAGCUCAUUUGACGAAGAAAUAGAGAAGUAUGACCAGAGAAGAAAGAUUCGUGCCUCCCAACGGUUUAAGAACUUGAAGUCACUUCAAAGAAUCAGGGCCAACUCCAAACAGGAGGAAUCUCCAGGUAUCUCACAACUUCCUGAAGGGAUAAAUAGCACCCCAGCUCCAACAAAACAAAACAGGCUGUCUAGAUCAGGGAGAAAAAUGGGCAGUACAAGGAAGCAGGUGAUUUACUCCAGCAACAGUGGUGAAGAACCUGCUAUUCUUGAUUCUCCAAUCCUCAGACCAUCCCAAACUUGUGAGCCGAGGUCGCAGGCUUCUGACCAGAAGAGCCCAGCUGUGGAAGACGUGGUCUCAGAAGGCAUCAGACGUAUCUGGGAGGAAUGUACGACUGCAUCCUCAGAUCUUCCGACAUCCGUAGUUACCAAGUCUGCAUCCAAGAGGAAACCACCUAAGCGAAAAUCGCUGACUAUCACAGGGGGUAUCAAAAGCAAAAGCUUGGCAGUCAGCACACCACGACAGCCCACCAAGCAAGCCGAAGGCCCCACCCCUGCAGAGAAGACAGUUUCAGAGUCAGCUGAGAAGCCGCAGGGCGUGUCUCCCCUGAGCCCGUCCAAAGUCAAGAGGGUGGCGACCUUUGGCGACACGUACCGCCUCCUUGCUGGCAUCUCAGCAGACAGCCAGUCGGACCCUUGUUCUCUGCCCGCCUCCCAGUCUCAAAAGACUUCCCCUAAGAGAGCACGUCUUCAACCCAAAGCUCUCAAAAUGAUGUUUGACAAGGACACUCCAAGCAAUCAGAAGAGAAGUGCCAAGACACAGACGGCAGAUUUCCAAGAAAUCUCAGCAUCCUCCCAGGAAAGUAACAGCAGCUUCGUUGCCAAGAAGCCCAGCAGGAAACCACGCAGGCUUGCAUCACCCAGCAAGAAGACCCCGGUCAGAACAUCCUCCAAGUCAUCACAGGAGAGUUCAGCCGGUCAAGCUAGACAAGGGAAGCGUGCUAUGACUAGAGAGAGCCCAUAUGCUAGCCUAAGGUUUGAUGACGCAGACUCUCCAAAGACAGCAGUCAAGCGAAGAGCUUCCUUGUUUGUUUCCCAAACCACCACCAAAGCAGAAAGUAACGUUAAAAGGAAGUCAACUGGUACCGCAACGUGAACCAGCAAACUUUAUUCUCCAUAUCACUGCACUGCAGUGUUACGUUUUUAGCACAUGUUCAAAAAGUGUUUGCACUUCACAUUUCUUUGGCAUGUAAGAGUUAGUGUCUUACUGAUUCCACAUUUCAAGGCUAAAGGUUUCCCUGUUUUAACUUGUGUUGUAAAGUUACAAAUACUGUAUUCAUGUUGGAUUGAAAGCUCUGACAAUCAGUUUAACCACUUGUUGCCGGGGAGCCUGGUUUUGGAGACGUGGCGUUAUAUGCACAGACGGGGUUCCCAAAAUUGGACAGAGGGAACUGGGCCUUGUAACAAAAGACCAUACUCGGAACAAAAGACCAGGCUGCUGGAAAUUGCCUACAUUUUUCAG